AACCCUAAGAGAGAGCAACAAGGGGGGAACUGGGAGAGCGAAAGAGGGAAGACGGAGAUGAGUCAUCACCAAGCUGUCGAUAAUCUUAUCAAUGUUUUCGGGAGAGCCUCUCAUGAUCUGAAUGAUGUCCAUUUCAAGCUCGACAAAGAGUUCCAGCAGAUCUACCCAGAUAAUGCGAAUCCGAUGAAGCUGAUUCAGAGAAUCAAGAAGCUACAGGAAGAUGUAACUUUCCUCAAAGACCAAUGCCUUGAACUUUUGUCCGCUAAACAGGAUUUGAUUGACAAGGCGCAGACAACACUUGUUGGUAACUACAACCUUAUUCAGAAAAUGAAUACAUCUUUGGGAGAAUCAACAAAUGAUGAUGCAUUGGCUGAUUUUAAUCAGAUUAUUGACGAGUGGACAAUGCAAGUUAGAACAAGAACAGGGGAAGAGACAGAGGAGGCAGAUAAGGAAGACAUUAAUAAGUUACUUUUCUCAGCUAUUGUUAAUAACAAUUGAGGAUGUUCAUGGUUCAUGGUUAUGUUCAGAGAUACACAACUUCUGCAUAUAAUCUUAACCUUGCUUUUGAUUGUAUCUAGGAUCACUAGAUCAUUUAACUAUAUGAUCUUACAAUAAACUAUCCUUUUGUGUUUUAAAAUGUGGGAUUUGUUUUUCGUUUGGGUUGAAAGAAAAGAGACACACUGAC